GCAACGCGACUGCUUGCGCCUUGAGCUCCUGCGCUUGCCCACGCUGCACGCCUCGACGCACCUGACCCUCUUGCCGAGCCCUCCGGCUGGUAAGGGGGGGAGGGGCACUCUGACUUGGGCACGAGAUUUGUUCCGAUCAAACGCUCCAAAAUGAAUUCGAAUGAAUUGACAAAGACAGUCCAGUCAGUCAGUCGCGUGGUUGCUACGCGACGUCGGCCAAUGUGCACGCACGCUGCGCACCAGCCUUGCAUCGAUGCCUAAUCCCCCGUUGGAUCCAUUCCGCUAGCUUCCUUCCACGAAACUACCCACGGUAUCAAGGCGUCGACGAUGCACCGCCCUCGCCUGAAGUACAGUCGCAUCGACGUCUGCCACUACUGGCUCUGGACCGCCCUGUCAGAUGAGCCAGCGUAUCAGCUUCCUACAAUUUGUGCCCAGAUCAGAAUAGCACUCAGACAAGACCAAUAUGCUAUCGUUGUUCGAGUUCUUUCGGCGUCAGCGCAAAGCCUACAGUGGCAAUCUCGGCCGAUUGUCCCUGUUUCGCGACAAGCUCGCGAAUUACUCGGUCAACUUCAAAGACACUCAGGGCGUACUCGACCGCAACCACUCAUCUGCUCUGUACAAUGAGGUUUCAGCUCAGGAUAUCGCUACACUCGAACGCUUGACCGGCCUUUGCGGCCAAGAGCUGAAGGAUCACGUCCUGAAUGUACAAAACCAGGCAUACGCCAUUGGUCCGUGGCCUUGCGUCGAGGGGCUUUAUUUCCUCAAGGGUCACAUGAAGAACCACCCUUUCUACAGCACAAUGCUUGGGCAAGCUGAAAAGAGCGACGCCUUGCUUUGCGAGGUAGCCACUUUCAUGGGCAUCGAAGUUCGCAAGGCCAUCAUGGAUGGCUACCCUGCCAGCAACAUCAUCGGCACUGACCUCCAUCAGGGUUUCAUUGAUGCGGGCUUUAGCCUCUUUGGUGAUCGCGUCGGGCAACGCCCAGCAUUUGUAUCAGGCGACUUUUUCGACUCUGCUUUGCUCAAUCUCGAUGCUUCCUCGCCCGUAUCCGAGCUCACUGACGAAAAGCUCAAUCUCAAGCAGCUCAAUAGCUUGACGCCUCUUGUUGGCCGAUGCACAUUCGUCUAUGCCGCUCUCUUCAUUCAUCUCUUCGAUCUCAAGGGUCAACGUGAAGCCAUCAAGCGUCUGGCAGCACUACUCAAACCAGAAAAAGGCGCUACAGUCUUCGGACGAGACUCAAACGGCGUGACCCCCGGCACGGCACAUUUGCUAGACCCAGCCGGUCAACGCGUCAUGCUCAACAUGCCAGCCAUGUCGGCCGGCGAACGAAAGGCAGCCUGGGAGGAUGCGCUUGGCGCUGGCACAGUCUCAUUCGAGCAAAUCGACACGCCCGAGGAUGAUCUUUAUCUCUCGUCGCAUAUUCGCGGCGCAGCUAGCGUAAAGAUCACCUGGGCGCUUUGGACAGUCACACGAUUGUGA